AUGGACCACACGGGCGGGACACCGCCUGGGACAGCUGAUGACAUGAUCCGGUGGAAAGACGUAGCGUACACGGAUAAUCAUCUGGACGAGCAAGGGCAGCCCGAGGUAAUGGAUCUGAGAGAAUCGUUAUGCAAGGCAGCUGAGAUGAGCUUGCCGACACUGCCAGAAUCAUAUGAUAUCUCACCAUCUUCAGAUGAAGUACUCGAGGAUUUAUUCCUUAUAAGGGAUGAGAUCUUCUUGAUUAGCAUACAAGGAGAUGCUUGCGUGGUUCGGAGCUUCGAUAAACUCGUCAACAUUCACUUGGUCGCGCCGUUCUCCCAUAAGCGACUUAAUCACAAGCUGGAUCCCUUGGGUACAAUCCUAUAA